AUGUCCAAAUCGACCUUCUGUCUCGUGUCGCUACCGACAUCCAUCUCGCCUUCAAAUGACGCCGACGAAGCUCUGACGGCGCUGAGAGCCGUCGUGUCGACCGACAACGGCACGACGUAUCCUUUCAACCUGCCCUCGUUCAAGAUUGGCACACUGGACGCCCUGGUGCAGCAGGCCGACGACCUGCAGAAGCUGGAACAAGGAUGCAAAGGUGUCGUCGAGAAGGUCGCCGACUCGCUGAAGAACAUCCUCGAGGGCGAUGAGGACAAGAUGGCCGACCAGAAGAACGUCAACGACAAACCCGUCGACCACUAUCUGCAGACCUUCCAAUGGAACAAGGUCAAGUACCGCGCUGAGAAGCCCAUUUCAGAGCUGGUCGACAUGCUCCAGAAGGACAUUGCCAGCAUAGACAACGACGUCAAGACCAAGUUCAACCAGUACAACUCUACAAAGACCUCUUUGGCCACUGCUCUGCGCUCGCGCACCGGCAACCUGUCGCAAAAGUCGCUGUCCUCUGUCGUCAACCCCAACAACCUCCUCGCGCCAGACGCCUCCGAGUACCUGCAACAACACCUGAUCGCCGUGCCCAAGAACCAGGUCAAGGACUACCUGCAGAGCUACGAGUCUCUGUGUCCCAUGGUGGUGCCCCGCUCGUCGCAGGAGUUGGCCAAGGAUGACGAGUUUAGCUUGUUUGCUGUCACCGUCUUCAAGAAGCACAGUGCCGAGUUUGUCCACAAGGUGCGCGAGAAGCGCUGGACGCCCCGUGAGUGGAAGUUCACCGAGGGUGGGCGCGAAGCCGAGGAGAAGGAGCAGCAGAAGCUUGAAAAGGACGAGCGCCGUGUUUGGGGUGAGGCUCUCCGUCUGGGCCGCACUGGAUACAGUGAUGCUGUUAUGGCUUGGAUCCACGUUCUUGCUCUGCGUGUCUUUGUCGAGACGGUCCUGCGCUAUGGUCUUCCUCUGAGCUUUGUCUGCGGUCUUGUCAAGACGGACAAAAAGGUCGUCGAAAAGGUAAAGAAGAACCUCGACGGAGCCUACUCACACCUCGGUGGAAAUGCCUUCGGUCGCGACAAGAAGGGCAGAGUGACCAAGGACGAUGCUCAAACGGCCAACGAACUGCAAGCUACCGGUCACGCUGGUGGUGAAGACUACAACGCAUACGUCUACUACCAGUUCGAGAUUGCAUGA